AUUCAUUUAUUUUGUAAAUACAAACUUUUUGAUGUGGUUUACGAUCACGUGAUCGCUGGACACAAGUCUUGGACCAGUUUGUGGCCACAACUCUUGGAUAUCAAUGUUGAGGUCACCAAAUGUAGCGCUGAAUCUGUUGGCGAAGUCGUUGACAGCGAGCACUCAGUGGCCAAUCGCCGGAACCGCUGUAUUAUCCGUUCACUGCCACCGAUGUCUUAGCGGCAAACCAGCCACCAGUGAUGAUAGCAAUGAUCACGUGGACAGAGUCAGCCCUACCGGUCAUCCCGUCUCAAACCUACGGCUCAUACACUUCGGCAGACCCGCGAACGAGACGCCACCGGAACGGGAGCUGCGGCUCAAGAGGUCGGCGCUCCAGAAGUGGAACCACGAGUAUUGGCUGAAGAAUAACGCGGACUUUCAACGGCAAAAGUCCGAUUAUAUUGAGAGGGAAUUGAAGGCAUUGAGAGGACAGGAGUUUAAGUCGAGUCUGAGUUACGAUGAAUUGUCGCUCUUUUACAAGAGUUUCUUGGAUUCAAACCAUAAAAAGCAUAUGAAUUACAAUCUUGAGUGGUAUAGACGGCACACAAGUCUCUUAUGGCCGGCGUUUAGAGUACUUCUGAUACGACUUCGACGCAAGUUUUGGACACGAAAUUAGUUUUUCAUUAAAUUGUCAUAAAUUGUUAUAAAAUGUCAUAUAUUGUAGUCAUUGUAUAGUGAAAUGAAAUGUAGAUUUUUAAGUGCAAUCAAAAUGAAACACAAAAUAAAUU